AUGGAAGAAAAAAGCAAUUCAAGUGUUUCCGUGGCCUCCUUAUCAAAAGAUGUAAAGAGUUGGAAAUAUCGUAACAACCAUUCCAAGUUUAUCACCUCAACUCCGAUUAAUUGUCAAAAUCAUCGGAAUAUUUCAUCCGUAAAACAGGAAUCGAAGAUCUCGUUUUCAAUAAAUGAACGCCUAACAGAUUUAUUAAAUAAAAUUCUUCCUUUAAAAAAGAAAUGGAGCACAAAUUUCCAUCAGUCAUGUAUUGUUUUCACAAAUCUGGCUACAAAUAUUUGUAAAAUCCUAUCAGGUUCAUUAUCCUUUGAGAAUCAUGAUGAUUCUGUCACUUACGGAUUGUGUAAUCUAUAUUUAAAUGAUAAUUUAGAACAAAUGACAAAACUUCGUGAUGGUCAGAUUUUGGAAACCUAUUAUGAUAAACUAAAUGAAUGUAUAAAAGAUAUGGAAGAUUGUGGCGUACGGCUAAAGUCUAUGCUAGACCAAUUGAAUGCUUUGAGACAACUAAGUCAAAAUGAAUCAAUUUACCAACAGUAUGCCACAUGCCAAUCGACAUUGGACUCAUCCGUAAAAGUAAAAAGUGAUUCUGCACUAGAUGAUAACAGUUUGUCUACUUUAAAUUCGACUCGAUCAUAUCCAUUAACAUCAUUAAAACAACAAACACAACAACGGAAGUUCAGGGAGACUUACUUAUGCGAAAUAUUGAACAUUGAAAUAAACGGACUAAUCAAACAAAUUGAACGUGAUUCAAGCAUUCGAAAAUAUUUAGUGAAAAUUAUAUUACCUAGCACUUCACAUUAUUUUCAAGUGAAUACUUUUGUUCAGGAUAAUGAUGAUGCUGUCCUAACAAAAUUUGUGUCAAUUUGGCGUCAUUUUGGACAAUAUGUUUCAUGGUUUACUGUUAUAUCAAUGUCUGAGCAUAUUUUGAAAACUUUCAAUAAUACAAACUGA